AUGAACGCUGCUUCAAUUCUCCGUUCCGUCUCACGACUCGCACUUCGCUCUUCCAACACAUUGAAAAUCUCAGCUCCACGCGCGUUCCAUCAAUCCGCCAAGGUUCUUUCGGUCACACCAGAACUUCAACAAGCUCUCAAUCGUGAAAUCGAAGCCGAACAAAACUUGAGCCGUGAAAAUUUGCAAGGAGCAGUUGCGCCAACCUUCCCAGGAUUCUCCAUCACCACCAAGGAAGCCGAAGUUCGAUUGACCAGAAAGAACGGAAAUGAAGAGUACGUUUAAUAAGAUUGUAGAAGUGUCAUGAAUAAGUUUUUGAUUUUUCAGAAUUCUCGUGGUGUUCAACGUAAACCAUUCAGUUGACAUGGAUGACAGCUAUGACGACGAACCAUCUCAAAAUGUAAUCAAAGUUUCGUGAUAAUCGCUCAUAAUAUUUUUUCUUCAGGCUGCUCCAGUUCCAGUUGCUCUCCCACCUUUCACCGUAGAAAUCACAAAAGGAGAUCAACGUCUCUGCUUCCACUUGGAACUUGUUCCUGUUGAUGACCAGCCAGAUGAGUGUGAGUUAUCUAAUAAAUGUUUUUGAAUUAUCUAUGAAAUUUUGUUUGCAGAUGACUUCCGUGUUGAAGAAUUCUACGUCGCCCCAAGCGCCAAGAAUGGAAAUGAAGAUGUUCCAUCUGAGGUUUACGCUAGCAGCGGAAAAUACAUUGACCCUGUAAGUAUAAAAAAAAUCAAUAAAUAUAACUUCCCAAAAUGUGUUAACAAAAGCAUGGUUUAUUAUUUCAGGAUCUCCAUGAUUUGUUGUUUGUUCGUUAUUUGGAAGAACGCGGUCUUGAUGCUCGUUUCUGCAAAACUCUUGUCGCUUACGCCACCCAUUAUGAACACUCGCAAUACGUCGGUCUUUUGGACAAAAUCAAGAAAUUCAUCUCUUAA